AUGUUGUUAAAUUGUUUGGCAAAACAAAUUCGAGCUCUCCCGUCGACAUUUACAGCGGCAUGUCGGUUGUCUACCGUAGCAGUUGAAAACUCGGAGUUCAAUGAAAUUGAAGAGCCGCCAAUGGUAUAUGGCGGAUACACGGAAUUACGUCAGGCAUGGGUGUCUAAUUUGGAUACUAUAAAGGAAAAUCCUUCUACAAUCAUAGAUUUGCAUCCCCAAGUGUUUGGAUCGAGACCAAGAAUUGAUAUAAUACAUGAAAAUGUUGUGUGGCAAAAAAAAUAUAAAUAUGUUAGUUAUGCUAAUACCAAAGUUACAGCCGAGGUAAACAUGAGCAGUAAAAAACCAUGGCCACAAAAGGGUCAAGGACGUGCCCGACAUGGUACUAGACGUUCUCCACUAUUUAGAGGUGGAUCUGUUAUUCACGGACCACGCUCUCAUACAACGCAUUUUUAUAUGCUUCCAUUUUACAAAAGAGUGUACGGUCUCACAUCAACGUUAUCUGUCAAGCUAAUUCAGGACGAUUUACACGUAGUCAACAAUUUGGAUAUACCUACAGACGAUCCUGGAUACAUCAAUGAUUUAGUUGAUUCAAGACUAUGGGGACCUUCAGUUCUAUUUAUUGACGAUACUGAUACAAUGCCAAGGAACAUCAGCUUAGCAUUGAAUCAAAUCAAACACAUGAAUCUGAUGCCAGUUUAUGGUUUGAACGUGUACAGCAUGCUAAAAUAUGAAACUCUCGUUUUGACUGUAGCGGCAGUUAAAAAAAUUCAAGAACGACUCCUUUACCAAUUACAUAGGCCUGAUGGUCAUCAAGCCACAAGAAAGUUCAUGUUAAAUAAGCAGAAUUAA